AUGUCUACAAACGUUCGGUCGGAGCGACUGUCGAAGUAUUUUGGAGCCGUCGUCAAUGGAAAGCAGGAAGUUCAGGAUCUGACCGAUUUCAAGCGAUUUGUUGAAGCAAUCCUGAACCAGAGUGAUCCUAGUAUUGUUGUCCAGCGAGUUAUCUCAAGCCAAAGCGCUCUGAAUGCCUUGCGAAAUGGACUGAGGUUCAGCCUCACACCGGUCUUCAUUAACGGGUACACCGCGAAGUUGAUUCAAUACUUGAACCAUCGCGAGGUCAAGCUCCUUUGCAACGGCCAAUUUCUCGAGCAACUUCUUCUGAUCAUUUUGGAGCCUUGUACCCUCUGGGGUGCAUUUCUGGAGGCGUUCCGCACUCGGAAACUGGAAGUUCAUGCGAUCCAGGCUCUAUGCUGGUUGAUGACUGAGCUGCUUUCAUUGCCUCCCUCUUGCGGAGUGGAUAUUAGAGCCGAUGCACAAGCUGUUUUGGAUGAUGGAUCGCUUUUCUCUUCACCCUCGGUUGACAUACGAAACCUCGGCCACAAGAUCAGAUAUUGCCUGGAGAUGAAAUCACCUGCAACCACCCUCCAGGACUCCGAGAUUACUGCAGGCGGUCGGCAUGAUAAUGAUUUUUCUGAUUUUCGCUUGACGGCCAUCUUUCCUACGGCCGAUGAGAUGAGGUGUACAGAGAAACCGUUUUAUCGCCGUGCUGAAGACAUCGCGCAGCUGUCGAGUGGCCAGCGUGUUGCAGGACACAUUGACAAUCAGUUUCGCCUUCUACGAGAAGAUAUGCUCUCAGAGCUCCGCGAUGACUUUCAAAUUGCGAAAGGCACGAAGAAGGGGCGAAGGUCGGCUUUCCACCUAAAGGAUCUCCGUCUCGCCCAUGUCCGCUGCACUUCUGGAACCUCAACCCACCUCCGACCAUGCACCAUUGGUGUUACUGCCCAGUCUGGCCUUGAAAAACUCAAGAACCUCUCAACAGAUGAUCGCAAAGCUUUCUUGAAGGACAAGCCCCAGUUUGUCAAGCAUCGUGCCUUUGGUUGCUUGACCAGAGACACAGAAAUUGUGGCUUUUGCUACAAUCGAAAGAGAAAUCGAUGAACUGAUCUCCGACUCCCCAGUGGUUAUGCUGCGUAUUACGGGCGAGGAGGCGCUCAAAAAGUCUCUUCUUUAUCUGAAACUUUACCAUGAUGUGGAGUUCUUGCUUGUUGACACCGCAAUGUUUGCAUAUGAGCCAAUUUUGAAAUGCUUGCAGGAGAGGAUAGAGCUACCUCUCACAGAGGAGUUGUUCCUUUACGAAAGAGACCAUCCUGUGAAGGAUUCAAGUCUAGUUCCUUGGAAAGUGGUGAACAAGUUGAAGGAAGAAUAUGGAUCCAACAUCCAGAGAACCCUUAAAACUUCAAUGCCAGUGACAUUGGACGCUUCACAGCUAGAUUCUAUGUUGGCCGGGUUGACACAGAGAGUGAGUCUCAUUCAAGGACCGCCAGGUACCGGCAAAUCAUUCAUCGGUGCCCUUCUCGCAAAAGCCCUGCAUGGUAAUACUAAAGACAAAAUCUUGGUCAUGUGCUACACGAAUCAUGCACUGGACCAGUUUCUGGAAGACUUGCUAGACAUUGGUAUCGAUUCAUCUGAUAUUGUAAGACUGGGAGCCAAGUCGACACCACGCACUGAGCCACUUGGAUUGUUUAAGCAGCGUUCAUCCCAUAAGAGGAACUAUGCCACUUGGAACACCAUCAAUGCACUCGAAGCGGACGGAAAUGAGCAAAAGAUCACUUUGGAUACUUCUUUCCAAAAUUACAAGAACCUCACGGCUAAUCCUGCGUCCAUCUUGGACUAUCUGGAGUUUGAAGAACCAGAGUACUUUGCAGCUCUGACUGUACCAGAUGACAAAAGCGGGAUGACUAUGGUCACCAAGCACGGAAAGGCAAUCAAAAAAGACUACCUAUAUAAACGAUGGAUCGGAAAUCAAGGCCCAGGAGUAUGUUCUGAUCUUCUUCCCGCUCAUUGUCGCGAUAUCUGGGCACUGGAUCAGAACAUACGGGAGGAGAAACAGAGGUCUUGGGAGAGAGCUUUGCUGAGUGAACAGGCGGAGUCUCUAAGCAUCAGCAUAGGAUUGUUCGACAAAUGCCAAAGUCGACUGAGCGCUACCCUGGGGGAGAAAAACCGCGAAAUUUUGAAGUCAAAGCGAAUCAUCGGCUGCACCACUACUGCAGCGGUAAUGUAUUCUGAGGACAUUCGACAUGCUUCCCCUGGAAUCGUGCUUCUCGAAGAAGCGGGCGAGAUCCUUGAGUCCCACGUGCUCACCGCAAUGACACCAGAUACCAAACAUUUGAUCCUGAUAGGCGAUCAUCAACAGCUGCGACCAAAGAUCAACAGUUACAGCUUGAGCACAGAGAAAGGGGAUGGUUAUGACCUGAACGUCUCCCUAUUCGAAAGACUCAUACACGCCGGGUUUCCACAUACGACACUGAUGAAGCAGCAUAGGAUGUGUCCGGAGAUCUCAAGUCUUGUACGCAAUCUCACCUAUCCCGGGCUGGAAGACGAUCAAAAGACCAAGAACCGUCCUCAGCCACGAGGGUUGUGCGACAGAGUGAUAUUUUUCCAUCAUCAAAACCCUGAAGAUACUUUUGCCCAAGUCUCCGACCGACGUGAUGAGAACUCGAAAGGGAGCAAAAGGAAUGCGUUCGAGGCAGAUAUUGUGCUCAAAAUUGUGAAGUAUCUUGGACAGCAGGGGUAUGGAACAGACAAGCUGGUCGUGUUGACUCCAUAUUUGGGUCAGCUGAGUCUACUGAUGGACACUCUAAGCAAACAGAACGAUCCAGUUCUAAAUGACCUCGAUUCCUACGACCUUGUUAAAGCAGGGCUCCUAUCGCAGGCUGGUGCUUCCCACUCUAAGCGUCCAAUCAAGCUGUCUACAAUUGACAAUUUCCAAGGAGAAGAGAGUGAAAUUGUUAUAGCUUCACUCACCCGCAGCAACAAAACCGGCGACAUAGGGUUCAUGGCAGCCCCCGAGCGCCUCAACGUUCUGCUUUCCCGGGCCCGAAAUGUCCUCAUAUUGGUGGGGAACUCGGAAACAUUUGUCUCUAGUCGAAAGGGUCAAAAGCACUGGAAGCCAUUCAUUGAUCAACUGAAGUCAGACGGGCAUCUAUACGAUGGGCUCCCCGUCCAGUGCGAGCAACAUCCUCAGACAAAUUCCAUUCUCCGAACAGCGGAGGACUUCAAUAGAGAAUGUCCGGAUGGAGGAUGCUCUGCCCCUUGCGGCGUGAAACUAAGUUGCGGAGUACACGAGUGCCCGUCAAAAUGCCACCAGCUUGCAGACCAUUCAAAAAUGAAGUGCACAAAACUUGUGAAAUGGACGUGUCCCCGAGGUCAUGACCUAUCUCUCUCAUGUUCCCAGACCAAGCGUUCUUGUCGUUCCUGUAUACUUGAAGACCAAGUCAAAGAGCGCAAGCGCAAACGCGAUCUCGAGUUGGAGACUGAGCGACAAAGGAAGCAGACCGAGUACGCCAGGCAGCUUGCAGAGGCUCAGGAAGAGGCUUCGCAUCUCAAGCGCGUGCGACGCGAUGAAUUCGAUGAUGCGGAACGUGCGAGAGUUCUUGAACAACACCGUCAGGAAAUUGAGGAUUUGAGGAAUCCCCCCAGACCCGCAUCUCCUCAGCCGAGAAUGAGCUCUGGAGCAAUUGCGAGUACACCCUCAAAUACCACAGAAGCAAGCGCAGAUUCGAGCGUUGCAGUCACCCGAAGCCCUAGUGCUGAGUCUAAAAGUCAACAGGUAAUGCCGCCACCAGAGACAUCGGCGGCUAAAAAGGACUGGGAAUAUCAAAAGCAGUUCUUCAACGCCCAAAGCCAGGAGAUCGACAAGUUAAUCGACAUGACCGGACUUGAAUCAGUGAAAACAAAGUUCUUGUCUAUCAAAGCGAAAGUGGACGUUGCCAUCAGACAGAACAUCAAAUUGAGCCGCGACCGAUUUGGAUCUGUAUUGCUUGGGAAUCCCGGUUCCGGAAAGACAACUGUUGCCCGUCUCUAUGCAAAAUUCCUAUCCUCCAUGGGGAUCAUUCCGGGCGACAAAUUCAUCGAGACAACCGGGUCCAGGCUCGCGAAUGAUGGUGUUUCAGGAUGUCAAAAAACCAUCGAAGCCCUCUUGAAAGACGGCGGCGGUGCCAUUUUCAUCGAUGAAGCGUAUCAACUCGUCGGCAGCAGUCUCGGCGGUACCCAGGUUCUGAAUUUCCUCUUGGCUGAGGUUGAAAACCUCACGGGAAAAGUGGUCUUCAUUCUUGCGGGAUAUCAACGGCCGAUGGAGAAGUUAUUCGAGCACAAUACAGGACUUCCUAGUCGUUUUCCGCAUGAGCUUAAGUUUGAAGAUUUUGACGAUACUGAGCUGAUGCAGAUUCUGGUCGGCUGCAUCGAGGAUAAGUACAGAAAGCAGAUGAAAGUCGAAGAUAACCUUGGAGGACUUUACUGUCGUAUUGUAGCUCGUCGAAUUGGACGCGGGCGUGGUCGUGAAGGUUUUGCCAAUGCAAGAGCUGUUGAAAAUGCCAUGUCCAAGAUCUUUGAGCGACAAGCUGCACGGCUCAGCCUGGAAAGACGACAGGGUGGCAGCAAUAUUGAUGAUUUCUUCCUGAGCAAGGAAGACAUGAUCGGUCCAGAUCCAUCGCAGGCUUUGAAAUCAUCCAAUGCUUGGCAAAAGCUGCAGACCAUGAUUGGUUUGGACGCUGUGAAGAAGACGGUGCAGGCUAUUUUAGACACUAUGCGAUACAACUACCAGCGUGAGCUAGAUGAGAAGCCCCUGGUUGAGUACAGUCUUAAUAAAGUGUUCUUGGGGAACCCCGGAACUGGGAAAACUUCAAUCGCGAAGAUCUAUGGUCAGAUACUUGUGGAUAUCGGGUUCUUGUCAAAUGGCGAAGUGGUUGUGAAGAACCCGUCAGAUUUUGUUGGCAGCGUGAUUGGAGAGUCCGAAAAGAAUACCAAAGGGAUACUCGCAUCUACACUGGGAAAGGUUCUAGUCAUUGACGAGGCCUACGGACUAUUCGCUGGAGGUACCUCUGAUGGAGCAAGUUCCAAGAGUGAUCCAUACAGAGUUGCCGUGAUAGAUACCAUUGUGGCAGAAGUACAAAGCACACCUGGUGAUGAUAGGUGUGUCUUGCUUCUGGGUUACAAGGAACCAAUGGAGGAGAUGUUUCAGAAGGUCAACCCUGGCCUCAGUCGACGCUUCCCCAUUGACCAGGCAUUUGUCUUCGAAGAUUUCACUUCAAGUGAACUGGAUGCGAUAUUGAAUCUGAAGCUCCAAGAACAAGGAUUUGGCAUAACUGAUCGCGGCCGUCGCGUGGUAUUGGAGAUGCUCGAGCGUGCUCGGAAUCGACCACAUUUUGGCAAUGCAGGCGAGAUUAAUAAUCUGCUUAACACCGCCAAGAUGAGGUAUCAAAAGCGCCUGUCUUCUACCAAACGUCCCGGUUCUGUCCCAGAUUCUAUUCUUGAUGCUCCUGACUUUGAUGAAGACUUUGAUCGCGCGGAUAAAAAGGAGAGUGUUGCGAAGAUGUUUGAAGGCGUCAUAGGAUGUGAAGAUAUCGUGGCCAAACUGGAAGGCUAUCGUCAAAUGGUUCAAACCCUCAGAGGACUGGGCAUGGAUCCUCGCGAACAAUUGCCAUUUAACUUUGUCUUCCGUGGUCCUCCAGGUACCGGAAAGACAAGCACGGCCAGAAAGAUGGGUCAGGUCUACUACGACAUGGGCUUGUUAGCUUCGAGUGAAGUGGUCGAAACCUCAGCAACGGACCUGGUGGGUCAAUAUGUAGGCCAGACAGGCCCCAAGACUCAACAGGUCCUAGAACGUGGUCUUGGGAAAGUAUUGUUCAUUGACGAAGCCUAUCGGCUCGCCGAGGGCCAUUUCGCCAAAGAAGCCAUGGAUGAGAUUGUGGAUGCUAUCACCAAGCCCAGGUUUGCUCAAAAGCUGAUCAUCAUUCUGGCCGGUUAUGAUGCGGACAUCAACCGUCUCAUGUCAAUAAAUCUGGGGCUCACCAGUCGUUUCCCAGAGUCUUUUCAAUUCGAUCCAUUGUCUCCGGCAGACUGUGUCAAGUUAAUGUGUGAGCUUUUGUUGAAAGAAAAAAGAGAUCUCUUGAGCAAAUCACAAGCUCAAUUUGACUUGGUCUGCCUGGAGAGCCCAGACUUCGAGUUUAUGAAGGGAAUGUCGGAGCGCUUUGAUAGACUUUCAGAGACUGCUGGUUGGGCAAACGCACGAGACGUUGGAACGCUCACAAAGACCGUCUUUGGCAAAACGCUUCAGUCAUCUAGCGGGAAGAGGCUGAUGCUAAGCAAAGAUACGGUGCUCGAUGCUCUCGACUCAAUGAUCAAUGAGCGAUCCAGCCGGGAAGUCUACCGGCAAAACCCUGCCUCAACUGCGAGCAAACCAAGAGAGCUAACAGACCUGGCCAUCCGCACACAACCUUCGAGCAAACCUGUUACUGAGUCGGACAAUCAAGGCUCAGCCAACGAGGAUGUGGCCUCCAGCAAGAAACCAGACACGAUGGAGCCUGAACCAGACAACUCCGCUGCUACCAUGAAGCGAGAUGCCGGCGUCACGGACGAAGUGUGGCAUCAACUCGAGAAGGACAAGGCUCUAGCAGAAGCCAAAGAGAAAGAGUACUUGUGUUUGAAAGAAGAAGAGGAAGAGCAGAAAAAGAAGAUAUUGAAAUUGAAAGCGGAGGAGGAAAAGGCAGCACGGGAGCUCGAAGAGGAAGAAAGGAAAGCGGAUGAAGAUGCCAAAAGACGCCACGAACAAGCCCGACUACAGCAUGAAUUGGAGCGCAGGAGACAGGAAGCAAUUUUGGCGACACUCCGCAAGCAACAAGAAGCUUUCCGUAAGGAACAAGCUAAUCAGGCAAAGUUGCGGACCAUGGGAGUCUGUGUCGCUGGCUUUCAAUGGAUUAAACAAUCCGGCGGAUAUCGAUGUGCUGGUGGUUUCCAUUGGGUUUCGGAUGCUGAACUUGGAAGUUCCUGA